CUCCAGCAGUUACGUUUGGGAUUGCGCCGGAAUACGACGUGUUUUUUCUGCUAUCGGUGUUUCGCAGGGCUUCAAUUCGAAGCGCGCAGCGCGAAGUUUUGUGCAAGAUUAUCAACACAAACUUUUGUCGUGAAAAAAAGGGCUCGAAAGAUAGUGCAAGUGGCUUCGUAAAGUGUGUUUCGAACGUGUGGAUAUUCAGCAGGUGAUCGUUGUUUUGACUAGAGUUAGGCUUCGAUCUGAACGGAUUUAUGUGCGGCAGAACGGAAUUUGUUUGAAGCCCCAAUGAAUCAUAGAGCAUAUCAGCAUCGUGAUUAGAGUGUAGUGUCUGAACGACGAAGUGCACUGAAUCUUAUCCGCUGAUUGGCGUGCUAAAAUCCAAUCAACGACAUCGGGUCUCGUUUGCAGCAUCCGGUUUCAUCUAGCAGUUAGAAAUAUCCUUCAGCACUCAACAGUGACAAAAAAAAGCUCAUAGUGGAGGUGAAUCAUCCUACAGGCGGACGAUGACCAACCGGAAGGCAAACGCCCGGCUGGCGGUGGGAGUAGUGACGGGUGCGCUUAUGCUUCUAGCCUUAGUUACACAGUGUAGUGGCCACGGGCGGCUAAUAGAACCGCCGAGUCGGGCUUCGGCGUGGAGGUACGGCUUUUCAACUCCACCCAACUACAAUGACCACGAGUUGUACUGUGGCGGCUUCAACCGCCAGUGGCAGAAAAACGAGGGGAAGUGUGGUGAGUGCGGCGACGCGUACGAUGUGCCCUUGCCACGACCCCACGAGUACGGUGGUAAAUGGGGCCAGGGGAUAAUCGUAAGACGUUACAAGCCAGGAUCGACCAUUACGCUGAGGGUGGAGCUGACUGCCAGCCACAUGGGUUACUUCGAGUUUCGAAUCUGUGAGAACGUUAAAGCCAAACAAGAAUGUUUGGAUAAGCACCUGCUGAAAAUUAUAAGCGGAACGCCCAGCAUACCAAAUCCGAAUGAUGAGAAAACGCGUUUCUAUCCCCGCAACGGCAGCAGGAUCUACGACAUGAAGGCGGAGCUUCCUCAUGAUCUUCGAUGCACGAACUGCGUCAUCCAGUGGAAAUACGUCGCCGGUAAUAACUGGGGUGUCUGUCCGGACGGAAACGGAGCGGUUGGCUGUGGUCCCCAGGAGGAAUUCCGUGCCUGUGCAGAUGUUUUGGUUGGAGAUACCAACGAUACCGGUACACGCUAUCCCGCGCGACCAAGCCAACGACCUACGCCAACACGGGUGCCGGGUGCCGUUCCUGAGGAAGGAACCACGUCGAUCGACGAGCAGAGCAACGAAGUGCCACAAGGGGUUCCAUACAUGGGACCUUUGGUCGCACUGCUGUCGCUUUUUCUGGUCCUAUGUGCAUUUGCUGCAAUCUAUAUUUAUCACUAUCAUGGGGGGCGCAUAAAGGCGUUGAUGCGAUGGAACCGGGAGAAGAAUCAAAAGCAGGCUCAGCACGCAGACCCAAACACGGAGAAUUUCGUCGAUUCUGGUAACCCACCGGUUCCUCCACCAAGAAGCAAGCGAAUUUCCCAGCAAAUACGAGACAUCGAGGCAGAUGAAUCGAGCGUGCUCACAGGCAGUAGCAAAACGCCAGUUCUAACACCCAAAUUAAUUACCGCAGCAGAUCCACGGAAUGAGAAACCAUCGUGUGGAUGAAUUGUUUUUUUUUUUUAUUUUUUUUUAUUUAUUAUAAUAAGUAGUUUAGAAGAAUUGAAUAGAUAUGGACGAUAAUCGUCUGCACAUUGACUGAUGAAAUCACUAUUGAUGAAUCACGUUUAGCUGAGGUACAAACGUGAAAUGGGCGAGAGUUUUGCUCCGGCUGGCUGUUGCGCAAGGGGCAGGCAAGCCGUGCAUUAGCAGCAUCAAGUUCAUUGAUUUACUUAAGUGCAUACACAAAUUUUGAUAAUAGGACCAUAGUCGAUGCGAAACAGUGAAAUACACGAAUGUAUUUUUAAAUUA